AUGGCCAUUCCUUGGGCAACGAUCCGAUCCCUCUCCCUCGUUCUCGGACCCUUCCUCGUCCCUCGCGCCAUUGCCUACUACCGCUCCAGCCGAGCGAACUCCCGCUCCGCCGGCGUGACCGUGCGCGCCGCGCCGCGCCGCGUCCUCCACGCCGUCUUCGUCCUCGUCCUCGUCGCCCUCGUCCUCGCCGCCUUCGCCACGCUGCCACCCCUCACCCCCGAGAACCUGUUCCGGCGCACCGCCUCGCGGCUGCAGAUCCCCAACGACGUACUCUUCGCGCGCGUCGCCGCGCUGCGUCCCGGCGGCGCCCUGACCGCCGCCGACGAGGCCCUCCGCGCGCGCUUCGUCAACCUCGAGAGCCGCCUGCUCUACCUGCGCUUCGGCCCCGCCGCGCUCGCCGGCUGCGCCUUCUGUGUGCCUGACGAGCCCCGCAGCUACCUGUGCCACGCCGCGCCGCGACGCGCCUGGCGGACCUCGACGCCUUCUACUGGGGCGCGCGCGCGCGCGGCGGAGCGCCUGGAGAGCGUGAACCGCGCGCUGCAGGGGGCGAAGAGCAAGAUGAGCGCGCUGGGCAUCGUCAAGAACACGGCGCAGCGCGACGCGGAGCUGCGGGGGCGCAGCGACGCCUACUGGACGCAUGAGGUGCGUCUCAUGGCAGAGGCGAUGGAGGAGCGCGAGGUGAUUGAGUGCGUGUCCGACGCGCUGGAGAACAGGGUGGACAUUCAGACCAUCACCCGCGACGCGGACUCGUACACCUCUCUGGUGCUGCAAGACUUGGCACAGGAAUAG